AUGAUCCUAAAUGAAGCUCUGAUUCUGGGAGUCCUUGCCCUGACUACCAUGAUGAGCACCUGUGAGAGCGAAGACAUUGUGGCUGACCACGUUGCUUCCUACGGCACAACUGUCUACCAGUCUUAUGGUCCAAAUGGCCAGUACACUCAUGACUUUGAUGGAGAUGAGCAGUUUUAUGUGGACCUGGACAAGAAGCAAACUGUGUGGCAGCUGCCUUUGUUCAGCAAACUUUUAAGUUUUGACCCACAAGGUGGACUGAGAAACAUAGCAGUGGGAAAAUACAACUUGGACCUCCUGACUAAAUACUACAAUUUUACUGCUGCUACCAAUGAGGUUCCUGAGGUGACUGUGUUUCCAAAGUCUUUCGUGGAGCUGGGUCACCCCAAUGUCCUCAUCUGUCUUGUUGACAACAUCUUUCCGCCUGUGAUCAACAUCACGUGGCUGAGCAAUGGGCAUUCAGUCACAGAAGGUGUCACUGAGACCAACUUUCUCCCCAAGAGUGAUCACUCCUUCCACAAGAUAAGUUACCUCACCUUCCUUCCUUCUGCUGAUGACAUUUAUGACUGCAAAGUGGAACAUUGGGGCCUGGAUGAGCCGCUUCUGAAGCAUUGGGAACCUGAGAUUCCAACCCCUAUGUCAGAGUUGACUGAGACUGUAGUCUGUGCCCUAGGACUGGCUGUGGGCCUUGUGGGCAUUGUGGUGGGCACCAUCCUCAUCAUCCGAGGCCUGCGUUCAGGAGGUGCCUCCAGACACCAAGGCCCCCUUUGA